AUGGCAACCAAACCAGACGUACUCAGAAGCAGCCUGGAAACUUUGACCAUCAAGUUUGGUACUCAUCAAACUCCGGUCAACUCAUUUGGCUCUCGGGAAGCUGCCGCUGGAGCGGGGAGUUACGAGGCCCCAUGUAAGAGCUCGGACAGAGACCUGGAACAGCUUGCUACCAUCAUACAACAAGCACCAAAGUUGCAUUUUCUACGCAUCGAGGCUUACGGCUCACGGAGAUCUGAUCCGCUCGAAGGUUCCGAGGAUCGUAUUUCAUUGAACUCCAUACAAGUCGUCUUCACAGUAAAUCAUUUGACUUCCUUGGCGAUAGAUCUUCCUGGAGGGGUCUUAACUUCAUCGGGAGGGCGAGAAGAGGCUUGUCAUAUCUGUCCAAACAUUGGCGCCCUUAUUCAUAAACUCAAAUAUCUUCGCCUGCCGCAUUCUAAGCGAUGUGGUCCUCCGAACGAAGGAGGAUUCCUCCAGCUUGAAGCGGAUAUGCAGGAACAAGCAAAGAAACUUGGAGCGAAAAUGGUGUCACCUAAGCUUAUAAGAAUCCUUACUCAUACGUUUCCUCAACUGGAGACACAUUCACUAGAUGUUUUGAGUGGUGGUACAAUGCUUCUAGAAGACAGGAUGCGAUGGGAUAAUGACGGUAACAUUUUGGAGGAUGAACAGGGUGCAGGAUCAGAUCUUUCUGAGGAUGAAUCUCUGUUUUGGUUCGACACAGAAUAA